CGCCCAACCGCCCUCAGAGGUCGGAGCCCCAGGAACAACGGACUGGGGAGCUAGGCGGGGGAGCCAGUCUCCGCUCGGAACCGCGAGCGUUUGCGAGGCAGUCUGCAGCCGGUUUUUCCAGGGACUGGAAGAAUCUGGAACAAGGGUAUCCAGCACGGACUCCAGGAGAAGCCUCCACCAGACUCGCCGCGCCGGGAGCAAACUGCAAGACCCACCCCUAGCGAGUGACUCAACCCACUGCGUGAUGAGUCAGGUCCCGCGCCUCCGCCGUGGGAAAUAGUUCCCAGCUCCGCCCAGUGUUGUGCGCACAGCCAAUCCCUUGCAAGGUAGGGCGUGGCUAACGCGGCCCCCUUGGAUUCCUCCGCUAGAGUCCGCUGUGGUGAGGUCGAGGGAGUCGCCAUUUUGGAUGCUGAGCGGCUAAUCGGAAGUCUACUUUUUCCGUUUUCACGUCUGGAUCCCUCCAGGAGGAGCAGGACAACAUGCUGGGCUCUGGUUUCAAAGCUGAGCGCUUACGAGUCAAUUUGAGAUUAGUUAUAAAUCGUCUUAAACUGUUGGAGAAAAAAAAAACGGAACUGGCUCAGAAAGCAAGGAAGGAGAUUGCUGACUAUCUGGCUGCUGGAAAGGAUGAGCGAGCACGCAUCCGUGUGGAGCACAUAAUCCGGGAAGACUACCUUGUGGAGGCCAUGGAGAUCCUGGAGCUGUACUGUGACCUGCUGCUGGCGCGAUUUGGCCUUAUCCAGUCUAUGAAGGAUCUAGAUUCUGGUCUAGCUGAGUCUGUGUCUACACUGAUCUGGGCUGCUCCUCGGCUACAGUCUGAAGUGGCUGAGUUGAAAAUAGUUGCUGAUCAGCUCUGUGCCAAAUACAGCAAGGAAUAUGGCAAGUUGUGCAGGACCAACCAGAUUGGGACUGUGAAUGAUAGGCUAAUGCACAAACUGAGUGUAGAAGCUCCACCCAAAAUCCUAGUGGAGAGAUACCUGAUUGAAAUUGCCAAGAACUACAAUGUACCCUAUGAACCUGACUCUGUGGUCAUGGCAGAAGCUCCUGUUGGGGUGGAGACAGAUCUCAUUGAUGUUGGUUUUACGGAUGAUGUGAAGAAAGGUGGUCCUGGAAGAGGAGGAGGGGGCGGGUUCACAGCCCCUGUUGGGGGACCUGAUGGAAUCGUGCCUAUGCCCAUGCCCAUGCCCAUGCCAUCUCCAAAUGCUCCCUUCGCAUACCCACUGCCAAAGGGACCAUCGGAUUUCAGUGGAUUGCCAGUGGGGACUUACCAGGCCUUUCCUAACAUUCACCCACCUCAGAUACCAGCAACUCCCCCAUCCUAUGAAUCUGUAAGUGCCUGAGCCUUUUGGUAAACGACAAGAGUGAAUCCCAUGAAGAGAGCAAAAUAAUGACAACAGGGAAGGCAAACUUUUGAUCAACUUAGUAUGGGUUUGGUUUUGCUUCUGGAUUCUUCGUUGCUUUCCUACCGCCCUGGAGAUGGGGAGUGCUAUUGGUGGCAUUUGUGGUGGGCAUGCUAUGUCAGCACUGAAGCAGGAAGGAGCUGCACUUAGCAAGUUACAUGCUCACAUUGGCACGUUGGCACAUACCUGCAGUCUCAGCACUUUGAAGGCUCAGGAAUUCAAGUCAGCCUGGACUACAUGAGCACAUCUAAAACAGUAAAGGGAAGUCGUGUAUCUCUAGAGCACUUAAUGUAGGUACAUUUGUCUUAUUAAACUAGUCUGAGAAUCACAGUGAGUAGCUGUAAUUUGCUACUUUAUUAGAGCACCAGGCUUUUUGUUUGUCUUUAAGUCUGCAACAUUCAUGGCAAAGGAUAGUAACCGGGUAUUUGACUUAACCAAGUGUCCAGUUAGUCAUUUUUGGCCUAUAGCAUUUAGUCCACAUUUUAUUCUUGUAGUGAAAACUUAAAAUAGAGCAAACUUGUGGCAGUUUGGUAGCCAAAGUAGAUCUAAGACCUUGUUUCAAAAUGAAAAGUAAAAUAAAAACCAGGCAAGUAGUUCAGCGGUGGGGUGCAUGUCUGUUGUGUGGGGGGCCCUAGGAGAAGCUCCCAGUGCUUGGGGAUAUAUGGAAAGUUUCAUAAAUGGCUCAUGUGGUAAAGAUGCCUUGAACUGUGUCUCUGCUUCAGAAUUACUUGUUUUCUGCCAGUCUUGGCAUAUACAUACAUGACUCAUACAUACAUGCCUUUGGAGCUGUUUCCAGCUUAUGGUGUGCUCAGAAAACAAGUUAGUAUGGAAUGUGCUAUGUAAAUUAUUCACUUA